AUGACUGAUCCCUUCCAGCUCCCACAUGAGUAUUCUCAGAGAGGUGACAUAAUCAUUGGAGACAUUGUGGCUCAGUAUGGAUGCAUUUUUGAUAAAACUCCUUACACUGAAAACCCUAGAGCUAUGGUGGUAGAUGGACUUCUUGUAUCACCAAAGAACUACCAGCAUGUCCUGUCAUUUGUAUUUGCUGUGAUUAAUGAAAACUCCAAGAUCUUACCCAAUAUCAGCAUGGGUUUCCAGAUCUUUGACGGCUACUUGAAUGUGAGGAUGACUCAUCAAAACACCCUGAAACUUCUAUCUUCCUGGGAAAGAAUUGUCCCCAACUAUAACUGCAACAAGACAAAAAGUCUGAUCACUGUGGUCGGAGGACUUAACUCUGAAAUGGCUCUGCACAUAAUUACUCUUUUAAGCAUCUACAAGAUCCCACAGCUACCUGCAGUUGUUGGCAAGGUACACCCUAUGUGUACCAUGAUUGAACUCUUCCAGCUCCCACAUGAGUAUUCUCAGAGAGGUGAUGUAAUCAUUGGAGACAUUGUGACUCAGUAUGGAUGCAUUUUUGAUAAAACUACUUACACUGAAAACCCUAGAACUAUGGUGGUAGAUGGACUUUUUGUAUCACCAAAGAUCUACCAGCAAGUCUUGUCAUUUGUAUUUGCUGUGAAGCAGAUUAAUGAAAACCCCAAGAUCUUACCUAAUAUCAGCCUGGGGUUCCAGAUCUUUGAUGGCUAUUUGAAUGUGAGGAUGACUCAGCAAAAUACCCUGAAACUUCUAUCUUCCUGGGAAAGAAUUGUCCCCAACUACAACUGCAACAAGACAAAAAGUUUAAUUGCUGUGGUUGGGGGAUUUAACUCUGAAAUGGCCCUUCACAUAAUUACUAUUUUAAGCAUCUAUAAGAUCUCACAGAUGGCCUACUGUGUCUUUGCUCCAGUGACAGAUGUUAAAACUCAGCUCCCUUCCUUCUAUCGCAUGGUCUCCAAUGAAGAAUUUCAGUACAGUGGCAUCAUCCAGCUCCUUUUGCAUUUCCAAUGGACAUGGGUGGGGAUCAUGGCAACGGAUGAUGAUCAAGGAGAAAAAUUUGUCCAAACUUUGACCUCUAUGCUUUUCCAGCAUGGAAUCUGUGCAGCCCACAUUGAAAAGACACCAGCAAUAUAUCAGGUAUCACACACAUUUGGAUCAUUAGAAUCAAUUGUACCUGUGGCUGUUUCCCUUGCCAGUUCCAAUGUCAGACUAUUUGUUGUAAAUGCAGACCCUCAGACCAUAAAUGCUUUAAAAUGGUUGAUAUAUAUUAAUGAAAUAUUAAGAGGUAUUACCGACACUUUCAAGGGAAUUGUAUGGAUUAUGACAGCCCACUGGGAUUUCUCAUCACAGACAGAGCACAGGGAAUUUGACAUGAACAUCUUCCAUGGUGCUUUGUCCUUUACAAUUCACUCAAAUGAGGUACUGGAUUUUACAAAAUUCCUUCAGAGAAUACACCCUGACUUACAACAAGAAGAUGGUUUUCUCAUGGUCUUCUGGGAACAGGCCUUCAACUGUACAUUGUCUGAUUCUGAUGAAAAGAAGGAAAGGAAUAAUGCUUGCACAGGAGAAGAGAGGCUGGAUAGUCUACCUGGAGUUGUUUUUGAAAUGACCAUGACUGGCCAGAGCUAUAGCAUCUACAAUGCAGUCUAUGCCAUUGCACAUGCUUUACAUAAGAUGUACGCAUCCAGAAUGAAAAAUGGAGCAAUUGUCGACAGAAGUAGAUGGAAUCCUUUAAAUCUACAGCCUUGGAAGCUUCACCCUUUCCUGAGAAGCAUCUCAUUCAACAACAGUGCUGGAGACCUGAUCUUUUUUAAUGAGGAUGGUGAAAUAGCAGCCGGAUUUGAUAUUAUAAACUGGGUUACUUUGCCGAACAAAACCUUCGUAAGAGUGAAAGUUGGAAGGAUGGACCCAGAGGGGUCACCUGGCAGAGAGUUCAACAUUAAUGAAGAGGCCAUCACAUGGCAUAAUAUGGUUAAUCAGGUCCCUCCCCUUUCUCUGUGUAAUGACAACUGUCAACCUGGUUAUAGCAGAAAAAAGAAGGAGGGGGCACCAUUUUGUUGCUACAGUUGUGCUCCAUGUCCAGAGGAGAAGAUUUCAGAUCAGAAGGAUAUGGAUGACUGUUUUAAAUGUCCACAACACCAAUAUCCAAACAAGAAUCAAGAUCAAUGCAUUGCCAAGGAUCUAAACUUCCUCCCUUUCACAAAAUCUUUGGGGAUCAUUUUAGCUUCUUUGGCUCUCUUCCUUUCUUUGAUCACAGCUGUGGUGCUAGGAAUUUUCAUCAAGAACCAAAACACGCCGAUCGUCAAAGCCAAUAAUCGGGACCUCACCUAUUCUCUCCUCCUCUCCCUGCUGCUCUGUUUCCUUUGCUCCUUGCUCUUCAUUGGCCAGCCUCAGACAGUGACCUGCUAUUUACGGCAAACUGCUUUCGGCAUCAUCUUCUCAGCGGCUGUUUCGUGUAUGUUGGCCAAAACCACCACUGUGGUCGUGGCUUUCGCAGCUACUAAGCCAGGCACCAAGAUGAGGAAAUGGGUGGGGAAAAGAAUGGCAAGCUCCAUUCUCAUCUGUUGCUCCCUCAUUCAAGCCAUUAUUUGUACAGUGUGGCUCUGCACUGCUCCUCCAUUCCCACAUUUUGACACUGACAGUCUGGCUGAAGAAAUCAUAGUGGAAUGCAAUGAAGGGUCAGUCACAAUGUUUUAUUUGGUGCUGGGGUAUCUGGGAAUUCUGGCCAUUGUCAGCUUCAUUGUGGCAUUCCUAGCCAGGAAGUUGCCCGACACUUUCAAUGAAGCCAGAUUUAUCACUUUCAGCAUGUUGGUUUUUUGCGGUGUUUGGCUGUCCUUUGUUCCAUCUUACCUCAGCACCAAGGGGAAAUAUAUGGUAGCCGUGGAGAUCUUCUCUAUCUUGGCCUCUAGUGCUGGGCUGCUGGUUUGUAUCUUCUUCCCGAAAUGCUACAUAAUUAUCCUGAGGCCUGAGUUGAAUAGUAGGCACCAACUAGUACGGAAGUAA